CACAGGAAGGAAGAUCGUACCUUCCUUUCCUUGCACCCAACUUUCUCGCCUCAGCGAAACUAUGGAAGGAGCCCCAGGCUCAGACGGCUGCCUUCGGAGGGGCGACAAGGCGGCGCGGCGGACAGCAGUGGUGUUGCACAGCACCUGGACUCUCUGGAUAAGGAUGCCUUGGAGAGACAGGGACCACCUGCAGACCCCUGGAAACUGGACUCUCUUGGGCCUCCUCUUUGUGGGGUAUUUCCUGCCUCCCCUCCCCUCAGUGCAUAGCUACUUCAUGAGUGAGUCCAAAGCUGUGUUUCGCCGUGGCUGUGGUGAUUACUGGACCCUGCAGGACAGGAAUGAGAUGCCACCUCUCCACCAGGUGAGCGUGUGCACGGAGGUGUGCAUCCUGUCACCGGGGCAAUGGACAGCUUUCACCUACAGGACCCCGCACACGCCACACUAUGACCUGGCCCUAGGAGGUGAUGUAUGGGGCUUGGAGGUGUGGCUCCUGGGAGUUCAGCACCGCUUUUCCAUAGUUCUGCAAUUGCAUCGGUGGUACCACAUCUGCCUGCGGCGUAAUUCCCUUAGCAACAUCUUGCGUCUGGAGGUGGAUGACUGGGCUGCCGAGCGCACUGUCGUAGGUCAGGCCAUCCCUCCUGCUGGAGAGCUGCUACUAGGCUGUCAAGUCCAGGAGCACAAGGCUGCCAUGGAGGAGGCGGUUCGGGUGGAGCUGUACCUGUUCCGUGUGUGGAGGGAUGUGCAGCAGCACGGUGCCUGUGAGGACGGAGAUGUAGUGGGCUGGGACUCAAGCCAAUGGACAGUGGCUGGCAAGUCAAAGGCUCGGGAUGACUCUCUGCUCUGUGCAUUGCCGGUGGUAGGACGUCUUUUGCCCACACUGCUACCCAAGACGAAAGCAGCUCCCGACUCUUCAUCUGAGUCCAAUGUAAUGGCAGCAUCUUCAGUCCUCCCAGAGCUUCUGGGCCAGUCCCAGUAUACAGCUGCCCAGAGCACAUUCACAAAUAUAGAUCCAUACAACAUUCAAGAAGCGUGCUACAGGAUGGCUGUUGCUGUGGAAAUGAAUGGAGACCAUAUGAGCGUGUCAAACAUCAGCAGCUGGCUGGCUGGUGUCUUUGACAGAGUGCCAUGUGACCCCAGUGCUGCAGAAACCAACAUCACUAACUCAACACACAGUGUGCCUGUGCGGUCCGGCAUAUGCAGCCCAUCGUACAACUGGACAGGCGUCUCCUCAGACAGCACGUCAGGCACCCUUGAAGCCACCUCGGACAGGAAGGAAGGAAGGUGUACAAAUCAGGGAAAAGCAUCAUUCACUUUGCUCCAGGACGUUGAGGUAACAUGUGACAGCAAGGAGGCGAUAAGGAAAAUCAGUUGUACAGUGCUGUUGCAGCUGAGCCAACCCAUAGACACCUGUGUCCUUAACCAGCUGCUGCAGAAAGCCAGUGCCAGUGGUUCUGUUGAGGCCCAUAUCCUUGGAGAGGUGGAAAGAGUGGGUGAGUCUCGUAUAAAGAAAAGGGCCUCUAACCUGGACCAGGUCAUACUUCACUAA